UCUCACACCAGCCGGUCAGCUUGGAGGCGAGCAUCACCGCCUGCCCCACCCACGAGCGCCACCAACCACCCACCCUGCACCGCCACCGGCCAGAGAAAGCAGAUCAACAGCCGGAGGCGAGCUCGGUAGGUAGCGGCCAUGGAGGCCGCCGCGGCCAUCCGGAGCGCGGCCGCGCCGCGGAUGCGCCUCGCCGGGAGGAGCAGCAGGGGAUCCGGCGCCGCGGCGGCGCGCGCGAUCCCGGUCAGCCGCAGCGACUGGCAGACGGCCUGCGCCAUCCUCUCCAGCACCAACGACUCCCCCACCCCGCCGGCGCCGAAGGUGAACGGCCAGAACAACAUCAACAAGCUAGCCGCGCCGGCCAUCCCCGGCUCCGAGGACGCCGUCUCCGGCCUGGAUCUGGUGCUGGCCGCGGGCGCGGGGAACCUGCCGCGCCCGCUCAGCAUCAGCGACCUGUCCCCGGCGCCGCUGCACGGCGCGCAGCUGCGGGUGGCCUACCAGGGCGUGCCGGGCGCCUACAGCGAGGCGGCGGCCGGGAAGGCGUACCCGGGGUGCGAGGCCAUCCCGUGCGACCAGUUCGAGGUGGCGUUCCAGGCGGUGGAGCUGUGGAUCGCCGACCGCGCCGUGCUCCCCGUGGAGAACUCCCUGGGCGGCAGCAUCCACCGCAACUACGACCUGCUCCUCCGGCACCGGCUCCACAUCGUGGGCGAGGUGCAGCUCCCCGUCCACCACUGCCUGCUCGCCCUCCCGGGGGUCCGGCGGGAGCUGCUGGCCCGGGUGAUCUCGCACCCGCAGGCGCUGGCGCAGUGCGAGCACACGCUGACGCGCAUGGGCCUCAACGUGGCCCGCGAGGCCUUCGACGACACAGCGGGCGCCGCGGAGCACAUCGCGGCGCACGCGCUCCGCGACACGGCCGCCAUCGCGUCGGCGCGCGCCGCGGAGCUGUACGGCCUCCAGGUCCUGGCGGACGGCGUGCAGGACGACGCCGGGAACGUGACCCGGUUCGUGAUGCUGGCGCGGGAGCCCAUCAUCCCGCGGACGGACCGGCCGUUCAAGACGAGCAUCGUGCUGGCGCACGACCGGGAGGGCACCUCCGUGCUGUUCAAGGUGCUGUCGGCGUUCGCGUUCCGGGACAUCAGCCUGACCAAGAUCGAGAGCCGGCCGCACCGGCACCGGCCCAUCCGGCUGGUGGACGACGCCAACAUCGGCACCGCCAAGCACUUCGAGUACAUGUUCUACAUCGACUUCCAGGCGUCCAUGGCCGACGUGCGCGCCCAGAACGCGCUCGCCGAGAUCCAGGAGUUCACGUCCUUCCUCAGGGUGCUCGGCAGCUACCCCAUGGACAUGACGCCCUGGGACGCCGCGCCGUCGUCCUCCUCCUCCGAUCAACAGCAGCGCGGCUAGAUGAUAGCUAGCUCCAUGUUACUACAUUACUGUCAAUUCAAUCAAUAUGCGCAAGAGAUUCGUUGUUAAUCUAUCCCCCCCUUUGAUGCUCCGCUGCUCGCUACAAUUUUCCUCUGUUAAUUUUGCUCUCCCAGCCAUUGGGCCAAAUUCUUUGUGAACAAAUUCGUUGAGAAAAAUCAAUCAUUGGGCCAAAUUCUUUGUGAACAAAUUCGUUGAGAAAAAUGAAUGAAUGAAUCAAUCAUUGGUGCCA